UGGUGCUGCCUGCUGAAGCUUGGUGCGUCUGGCUCGCGGCACCCGCGGUCCAUCCCUCACAGCCCAAGUCCUGGGGGAGCCCCAGAGUCCAGAUUGGGGAUCUCAGUCCCCGGUGCGCAGCGGAGAUCGCCCCGGCGUUUCUGAGAUGCCCGGGAGAGAGGCGCGUCGGAACGCGCCAGUGAACUCAACGCGGGCAGAGCAAGUGCCUGAGCUUGCAGCUCAACUCAGGAAGAUUGGAGACAACGUGUAUUGCAUGUGGAGUGCACGGGACAUAACUGCGGUUCUGGCGCAGAUGCCUGGCAAGAAGUCGCGAAAGAGCACAAUGAGGAGCCCAAGCCCAACCCGGGUGUCAGCAGACCUGAAGGACGAGUGUGCUCAACUCCGGAGAAUUGGAGACAAAGUGAAUUUACGACAGAAACUUCUGAAUUUUAUUUCCAAGCUCUUCAAUUUAAUAACCUGAGUUCUUCGAAAGCUUUUGAGAGAAGGGACCUCCUAAGAAGGAAGUUCCCCUGCUGAUGCAAAUGCCUGGUAUUGGAUGGACUGUGAUGUGAUGUGGGAAACACUCACUUGCUUUUGGUUCUCUGAGCAGGGAUGAUGGAGAUGGAAAUGAGUUUCUUUGGGAAAGUUUUCAGAGAUCGUUCUUUGAGAUGUGAUAACGUGAAACCGUGCUUAUUUUUAUUUUUAUUUUAAAAACAAGACUAAAGGAGUCAUGGAGCUCGGGAAGUAACUAGUAAUCUGUCUUUUUAGAGUUGUUCUGGUGUUUUUGCCAAAGGUUGUUGUCAAGAGUAAUAGAAGAGGGGGCAUGGUGAGUGGUUACAUUGUAUGGGGACAGUCAUUCAGGACUGCUUUUUGACAACUCCAGUCAAUGUACUAUUUAGUUCCAUCCUCAUGAUCUUCUAAGGGGAAGCAUUUCAUUUUUGAUAACACUGAAUGUUCUAGUGAAAAUUUAUUUCAUAGGUCACUACAAGCUUAACUGUAUUGUGUUUGUUUAGAUGACUUUUAAGUGUGUUACUGUAACCAUUAAUCUGAGAGUACGGGGAGACUACAAAGUAACUGGGGGGAAAUUAGAAGUAUAACAAGGUCAGUAGGUGCCAGUCAAACUCUUGCAGAUUGAAUAGUAUGUGAUAAAAAGAGUUUGGAUUUUAUAUAACCGGAGAAAAGUUUAAAAACAAACUUUUAAAAGUUGACAUAAUUAAAACUUAGUAAAAGAUUCAUGAGAAGUUUCUAAAAUUUUGUAACCUGUCAUAGGUAUUUUUUAGAGUCCCUCCACCCCCACCCCCUUCUCUCUUGUUUUUUGUUUUUGGAGACAAGGUUUCUUUCCUCU